AUGAGAGCCCUACAUCUUGUUCAAGCCAUGGCCUUGCGAGUUUGCCUUCUUGCUUUGGUGGGCGUGGUGAAAUCUGUUGACCUUGCCUGCACAGAUGCCGAGCCGCAGGCACCCAGGGAUGUGACUCCAGGCUACACUGGAAUCCUGGCAACCAGGUACGAGCCUUACGGCGAGGAGGAGCGGCGGAACUUUCUGCAGGCAAACCUCCAUUUCCACUUGGGUGCCGAGCACAAGAACGACGGCGAGUACGACCAAGCUCCUCCAGCGGGAGAUCUUGCGAGCACGGUCGCUCCGGGUCUCUUCUGCAAAACUGAUGGCCUUUCUCCUGCGGAGAAGCUACCUUACAACUUCCAGCAUUGUAAGAAUGUCUCCGUGGGCCUCACCUAUGAGUUCCAUUGGGUCUUCUCGAGCGGUGCUCCGGGCCAAUUGGCGGACGACGGCAGUGAGGGCGAGCUCGGGAUCGCUGAUGGCUUGGGCGGUGCCUUUGCUCGUACCGUCAAUGCGGACGUCAUUGUGCGCGGCCAGGUGUGCCUCAUCUACAACAACGCCUCCCUCGACACGGAUGCCAAGAUUGAGGCAGACUAUGCGGACUUCCUCACAAAGUGGCGCCCGCCGCCAGCUGGCCAGGCAGUGAAGUAUGUGGGAUCCACCACCGGCUCAAGCUACAACGAUAAUGUUUGCUCACCGGCUGAGGUGAACUGGCACGUGGACUUGAAGUGCUGCAAAUUGUCGGCUCAGGCCUUCGACAGGACUUGCAAGGCAAUGUAUGAUGAGGGCUUGCGCGAGGACCUGAAGCCAAAGGGCUCGCGCCCACCGGUGGACAGGAGGUGGGUGGCAGACGUGACUUUCCCGCUGCAGCCUGUCUGCGAGGUUCCAGUGCGCGAAGGAAACUCGAAUUGA